AUGGCAAUCGCAGCAGCGAUUCCAAAACGCUAAACACACACGUCGACAAAAGAACCUGGAAACCAAAACAGAGACGUUUGAGUGAAGCAAAGUGUCGGAGAGAAGAAAGCAAAGAACAAACGUUACUGUCUCAGGUCUGUGUCUUGUCUUCUUCUUCAAAAUCUCUCAUUUACCAGUUCUCCUCUCUUUCUCCGUAAAGAAUAAAUCUUCCAGUUUCUUCAUCACAUUUCUUUUCCUUAUUUUAAUCUAAACAUUUGUUUGCAUCAUUCACAGGCUAAUAAAAAUUCCCCCUUUUUCUUAGAUCGCUACUACUUAUAAAGUAUAUAGAUAGAAACAAGUGUGCAGAUAGAUGUAAUUAUCAACGAGGAAGCAUCAUUAUCAUUAUCAUUAUCAUUAUCAUUAUCAUCAUUACAGCUUCAUAGAUUCAUAUUUUUUUCUAAAAGUUUGCUUUUUUAGUAGUUGGUGGUUAAGUAGGAUUUGAUUUGAUCGUCUAGAAUUACAGAUCGAGAAACAGGUGAGCGAGAGAUUAAGCAAAUUUGAGUUAUUUUAGAGAAAAUGGGAUCUUCUUCUGGACAAAGUGGAUACGAUCUGUCUUUUAAGAUCUUGUUGAUUGGUGAUUCUGGUGUUGGUAAAAGCAGUUUGCUUGUGAGCUUCAUUUCCAGCUCCGUUGAAGAUCUUGCUCCUACCAUUGGUGUUGAUUUCAAGAUCAAACAAUUGACAGUAGGAGGGAAAAGACUAAAACUCACAAUCUGGGACACAGCUGGACAGGAACGGUUUAGAACACUGACGAGCUCUUACUAUAGAGGCGCCCAAGGAAUCAUUCUGGUUUAUGAUGUGACGAGAAGGGAGACAUUUACAAACUUAGUAGAUGUGUGGGGUAAGGAGAUUGAGCUUUAUUCCACAAACCAAGAAUGUGUAAGGAUGCUCGUUGGGAACAAAGUCGAUAGAGAAUCUGAGAGAGGAGUUAGCAGAGAAGAAGGGAUUGCUCUAGCAAAAGAACUCAACUGCAUGUUUCUUGAGUGUAGUGCUAGAACUCGACAAAACGUGGAACAGUGUUUCGAAGAGUUGGCUUUGAAGAUAAUGGAGGUACCUAGUCUCUUGGAAGAAGGAUCAAGUGCUGUGAAGAGAAACAUCUUGAAGCAGAAACCAGAACACCAGACUAAUACUCAAUCCGGCUGUUGCAGCUAGUGACCCGGGUCGAUGUUGCAUAUAAAAACUCGUAUCUUUCUUUUGUGUAUUGCAAACUGAACCUGAUUCUUCUCUCUGCAGUUGCCUCUUUUGUGUGUAGAACGUAAUGUAGCUUCAAUGUAAAUUUGUGGGAUUACUUAUAUUUUUCUUUUGCUUCUGAAAUGAGAUUUGUGAUAAUAACAUCAUAAUAGAAUAAACCCCAUCCAGUGUUUUCUUAAA